CAAGCCCCUUCCGGCUCCUGCGCGGCGCCUCUCGCGCAUGCGCCCUCCCCUACCCCCGCGCAUGCGCCUAACGAAACCCGCGCCGUUGCCCCUCGCCGGGGCGGGGGCGGUUCCGGUGGGCUCGGGUCGACCGGAACCGGAAGCGUUCGGGGUCCGGAAGCCGGAACCCCCCGGGAUGUCGCAACCGCCGCCCCCGGAGCCGCCCCCCCCCGGGCCCCCCCCCCGGCAGCAGCAGGAGGAGGAAGAGGAGGAGGAGGAGGGAGGGGGGGGAGGGGCCUCCCCAGAGCCCCGCCCCAAGGGCUGCGGGUACCGCCUGGGCUCCACCCAAUGCCGCCGCUGCCUCAUCACCUUCCCCGACGCCGCCUUCGCCGCGCGCCACGCCAAGCGCCAGCACCCCCGCGACUUCGCCGCCGCCGCCCUGCGCGGCGCCCAGUUCGUCUGCUUCGUCUGCGCCCGCCCCUUCGCCUCCUCCCCCGCCCUCCUGCGUCACCAGCGCGCCCACGCCCCGCCCCCCGCCGCCGCCGCCGCCGCCGCGCGACACGGCGGCGCGACGACGGCGACGGCGGCCACGACGACGACGCCCGCUUACGCCUGCACCGAGUGCGGCCGCGCCUUCGCCCGCGAGGGAGCCCUGCACCGCCAUUACAUCCGCCACGCCCGCGGCGAGCUCUGAGGGGGCGGGGCCGCGGUGGGGGGGGCGGGGCCACUGGGGGUGGGGGCGGGG